CAGUCGACCUGCAGGGCAGGACAGUGCAGAAGUUUCCACCCUCAACCUCUGCCUGUGCAGAACAAAAGACUUUUUUACUGCGCGGUGACCGCGCAGGGGUGAAAAAUUAUGCAGGUGAUCACCUCUGGUCUAUAUAUAGUUAAAAGUUUACUUCUAAAAUAAAAAGGUACCCUACCAACAUCAAAGGUUAUUGCUUUGGCAAAAACAAGAAAUGAAUAGAAACAGAAAGCAUUACUAUACUUUUUAUUGACUUAACCCUGACGAACGAUAUAAAACAGAAUUAUUUUUUCUUCAUAAAAAUUACUCUCAUCUUAGUGAAUCAUAUCAGUAGUAGAGUAAAUAAUCAUAAUUUAUAAAAAUAAUUGAAAUGAGAUUUCUUGUAAAUGGUGCAGCUUUAUUUAGUUUGUCACCAGAUGUUAGAGAUAACGUUCUAAAUCCAUGUUAGAGCACGUUGUGUUAAUAAAAUAAUACAAAUAACAUGAAUACAAAAGGCCAUUCACGAAAUUGAAAAUGAAAAAGUUAAAAUAUAUUCUCACCUAUAAAAGAAACAAAUUUCUUCAUGUGAAUAACGCAAAAAAAUAAAUGCGAAAACCUUAAGUGACGUAACGCAAAACAUCGUUACAAAGAUGAAAUUAUUGUAAAAUUCUGAAUAUUCUACAAAAAGUGUUAUACAGAAUUUAUGCAUUAGCUGACCUUUUUACAAAAUUCUUAAUGCAAGUCGCUCCUUUUUGCGUUAUUUUAAUGUUUAACGCAGAAGUGCUCUGAACGGCCAUUACAUGGGCAACUAUGUCGAGAGGAAAGUUACGAGAAAGCUGUCUCGAGAACUGCACGCAUAGUAAGGGCUUGUCCAGGUUUCCAAGACUUGGACUUUUCUGUAAAAAAAUAAGCGAUUGCAAAAUAAGUUUCUUCAUUUUGUGAACUGAGAUGCAUGUUCCUAUCUCACGAAAUUCCUACGUUCAUGAAAUUGGUUCAGCGAGAAGCAGAAAUAACGUAUGAACUGUGAAAUAAAGAUUAUACCUAUCUGUUUGUUUAGUAUCGAAGUUCACAUAAAUGCAUGUAGAUUCACAUCUGUUGGGCUAGCAAAUGUAUAAAAAACUCUACUCGAUGGCAGGAUUCAGAAACCCAACAAACAGACAAAAAUUGCAGGAAAGCAUAAAAUGAAAGUAUUUCUCUGACAUAGAGCGUACUCAGUAUCUUGCACUUAUAUCUGCAUAUUAGACAUGAUCUAACACGUUUGAGAUCCUGAUGCUUUUUGAAAGAAAUGGAAGUCGAUGAAGCUGAGAGAAUAUUCAUUUGAACAAGAGAGAGGAAUAUUAAUAUCAAAUUGAUUCGUUCUUAAUGUCACGAGACAAUGAUCGAUAGAAAAGAUUAUUUCUAGUCAAAAGUAAAUAGAUGGACUCUAAAACUUAGCGAGACCCAAAAAUAAUUUUGUUCAAAAGAUUUUGUCGUAUUCUGAUGUGGAUUUCUACAAAACGGUCGUCACAUCUCAAGAAGACUUUUCCUUCAAUCACAGUCAAAAUCUCCUCCUCUCACCAUCUACGUCUCAAUAUCUUCAUGCAAAAAGACGAUUCUUCGUUUAUGAUUUGUUCCUCUUAAUAGUUCUCAAAACAAGAGCCUCCAUUAUAUCCUUCAAAACUCAAGUUUUUGACUUGCUGAUAGUUUUUCAUUUUGUUUUUGAUUAAAAAAUGACUUCCUAUAUCUGUGAUCAUUGCGGCAUACUGGUGCAGUUUCAACAGUGGAACAGUCAUAAGCAUGGGUGUCAAGGACAGAAUCAAGCAAACAUUACUGUACCAUACUGUACAGCAUCACCCUCUGCAGUAAGGAAUGUUUUUUCUUUUGCUCUUACUGUAUACUUUUCACCCCAUGUUAAACAAAACUAAUGUAGAAUGAUUUUUUAAUUUUCUUAAAAAAUAGACAGCAAACAGAGCACCAUCAAUAUCAUUGUGUUCUUUUACUCAGCAACAAGUUUCAAAUAGUUUAACUCCGGUAUUUCCGAUUUCCUUACCAUUCAAUCAACAAACAACUGAAAUUGGAUAUUAUAACCCUUAUCUCGCACCACAACAAACGGUUAAUUCGACGAAUUCAUUAAAUAUUUUCAAUUCGUUAUUUCAUCUGCUUGAAGGUGUAAGACUAAAUAUGAACGUUGACGGAUUCAACAUAUUUAUACAAAAUUUUUCUCAAACACUUCGACUGAUAACGAAUGAGAAUGUGCAGGAGUUUGUAAAUACAUUAAAUAGUGUUGUUGCUGACUUCGCGGUACCUACACUGGUCAAUCAGCCUCAUGUAUCACAAUUAGAACCAUUAUCAUUAAUCAGCCAAGGUUUUAGGCAUACAAUUUGUGAAGCACAAAUGAAUCAACAACAACAAGAUGUCCAUUAUCGUCCAUCCAAACGAUCAAGAACACGACUGAAGAAUGAUGGUGCCGAAUAUUUUCGUCAUUACAGUGAUGAUCACAUAAGUAGUCAGAUGCUAGAGACCGCAUCAACGACAUAUAAUACAGAACGAUUAACUUAUGGAUCAAUUAAUCAAUUGACAUUUGCUGCUGAUAUAGAACCUACGUAUGAGGAGAGAUAUAUAUCAGACAUGCAAACGAAAGAUAAAAAUGGUGAUAGGCAUUUAAAUCCAACUUGGUUACGCAGUACAAGUGGAAAUUAUUUACGUCUUUUUUUACCAUCAAUAAGUGAACAAUUUUUGAAGGCUGAAAAAAAAGAUUUAUUUAUCGAAAUUUGUUGUCUUACUGUUCUACAUCAAGAUACACAUCAGUAUUACAUACAUCCAAAAAGAAUACUUGAUCCCGAAUAUCGUCGCGGUAACAGUGAUGUGCCAAAUACAAUGAACCCAAUAUAUAUUCCGAUAGAAGUAGAAGCUGUUAAAACAACUAAUCCAGGAUCGAUUGAAAUUAAAAUGUGUCCAAUAAGAACAAAAAUUUCUGAAAUGAACCAUGCAGCAGCCAAAGAUCAACCACUGUUAAUAUUUUCUAUAACAGGUCAUCUUCCAACAAAUGUUUCAACACCAAUUUACAAAAAUUCUCAACAAUUUCAAGAAGGAUUUCAAUUAGAUAAGUGCCAUUAUACGUUUACACUGGUUACGAAAAAUGCAGAUGAACAAGUAACUGGAUGGCUUACACAGUCUUUGAUAUCACAAGAAUUACAACCUACUCAUCGAUGGUACGAAAUGUUGACAUACUUGUACGCAUUCUCAUAA